AUGGCUCAGGAGACAGCCCCCGUCCUUCUGGUUGUCCUCACCAGGCUGGUGUCAUCCACGUGGCACGAAGGAUCUGGCUACUACACGGCUGAGAGCCACACCAAUGAAGUAUACACGGAAGAAGCCCCCCCUGAACCUGCCUUAGACUACCGCCGUGUACCCCAGUGGUGUGCCACACUCAACAUCCACCGUGGAGAUGCCACCUGCUACUCACCACGAGGAAGCUCCUACCGCAGCAGCCUGGGGACACGCUGUGAGCUGAGCUGCAACCGUGGGUACCGACUGGUGGGGCCCAGUGCUGUCCAGUGCCUGCCCAAUCGCCACUGGUCUGGGAUGGCAUACUGCCGACAAAUCCGGUGCCACGUGCUGCCAGCAGUGCUGCGGGGUUCCUACGUGUGUUCGGCCGGCGUGCAGAUGGAUUCUCGCUGUGACUACACUUGUUGGCCUGGCUACCAGCUGGAGGGUGACCGGAGCCGCAUCUGCAUGGAGGAUGGGCGCUGGAGUGGGAGCGAACCAAUCUGUGUAGAUUUGGAGCCUCCUAAGAUCCGCUGCCCAGACUCCCGUGAGCGGAUAGCUGAGCCAGGCAAGCUGACUGCCACUGUCUACUGGGACCCUCCCCGCGUGAAGGACUCUGCUGACGGUGUCAUCAAGAGGGUGAUGCUGCGGGGUCCAGAGCCUGGCUCCGAGUUCCCUGAAGGAGAGCAUGUGAUUCGCUACACUGCCCACGACCAGGCGUACAACCGAGCCAGCUGCAAGUUCAGUAUCCGUGUCCAAGUGAGGCGCUGCCCUGUCCUGAAGCCUCCUCAGAAUGGCUACCUCUCCUGCACCUCUGAUGGCAACAACUACGGUGCCACCUGCGAGUACCUGUGUGAUGGGGGCUACGAGCGCCAGGGCACAUCCCUGCGGGUCUGCCAGUCCACCCAGCACUGGACAGGCUCCCAGCCUCUUUGUGCACCCAUGCAGAUCAACACAGCUGUGAACUCAGCUGCCAGCCUGCUGGACCAGUUCCAUGAGAAACGUCGCCUCCUUGUCAUCUCAGCCCCCGACCCCUCUAACCGCUACUACAAGAUGCAAAUCUCCAUGCUGCAGCAAGCUGCCUGCGGGUUGGACCUGCGUCACGUCACCACUGUCGAGCUUGUGGGACAGCCCCCACAUGAGGUGGGACGCAUCAGGGAGCAUCAGUUGUCCCUUGGCAUCAUUGAGGAUCUCAGACGGUUUCUGCACCUGACCCGCUCCCACUUCAAUGCAGUGCUGCUGGACAAGGCAGGCAUCGACCGUGAGCGCUACAUUUCCCCUGUCAACCCCGACGAGCUCUUCAUCUUCAUUGACACCUACCUGCUGAGCCAGCAGGAGGCGGCCCGGCGGGAGCAGAGCGGAGACCCCUGCGAGUGAGGCAGCAGCAGGGAGAGCCCCCUCUGCUGCUACUGGCCUCAGAAGUUGGACACGUUCCUUUCUGCUUUUCUAGUUGCCCACUGUAGAGGAGGACCAGGGUUCUGAGGACCUCCAAGGGAAGGGGAAUCCCUCUCCAGCUGCUCUGGAAUAGAGAGGCGAGCAGGGAUGGGGACAGAGGCCAUGUGCCAGCAGUAUCCCCACUGGCCAGCAGCUAGGAGCAGCCACCAACACAGCCCAGCCAGGAUCAUGGCAGGAGACAAGGGAGUGCCUCUGCUCAAACCCCAAGGCAGAUAGAAGAUGGGGAAGCCAAACUUUGGGCUGCCAGAGCAGAGGAGAGUGGGCAAAGCAGGCAGGACAACAGCACAACAGCCUUCAAUACAUCAGCUUUACCCUUCCCUGCAGACAUCCUAGCUCCAUGCACAACCUAAACCUGCUCCCUCCCAUCCUGUGGUCAGCUGUGCCAGGUGGCUGCUGCUGCCAGGGUCCCAGCCAAGUGCCUUUCUUAAAAGCAAAUGGUCCCAUGCUCAAAGCCAGUAGGAGCCAGCCAGCAGGCAGCCCACCCCAAGGGCUCACC